UGCUCUUGCCAACCAAAAUGGCGGACAAAACAAGAUGAUGAGGUCUUAGUYUCGUCUUAGUCGAUAAAUAUGACCCAGCCUUGAGCUGCAAUAAGUACCUUAACAUGGAAAAUACAAUCGACGAGAGGCAGGAGAGUUUUGUCGCCAGCUUGGACCAAUUUUUCACCAGUAUUGAGCCUGUCAUAAAGGAAGCAAGUUCGAUAGAAGCAGCUGAAGAUAUCUUAACGAAUCUGGAAACAACGGACGAAAACUUUCACAGGUAUGAUUUUGUUCGGACUCUACGCAGCCGAAUCGACGAAGUACUUGGACCGCUGAUUGACAUGAAGCUCGAGAGCUUGUCAGGGGAAAGUGACAGUAACUCACUGUUAUCACAAAUAGCUGACGAGAUACAAUCAUCUCAAGACUUCAUAAGUUUACAGCAGUCUGUACUAGGAGAUACUAAAGAGGCUGUGAAUUUCCUGAUACAAAAGUAUUCCAAUCCACUGCAAAGAGGAGCUAGUGACUUUGAUUUCAGUGAAUACAAAGCAAGGCAACAAAACCCUAAGAAUUCCUAUGACCUUAGUGAUGAGGAAUCAUCAUUAUCUUCAUCUAUUGAUCAAGUUGGCUACAUGUUUAUGUCUCAAGAAAAGUCUGGUAAAAUUGCAGAGAACCUUCAUCCAUUACAGCCUGUUCAUGUCAGAAGUGAAGCCCUUAGUGCUCUAGCUCAAGUACCCCAAUCUGAUGUCAUAACAAGUGAACACUGGGUGGCCAUUAGGAAAGGACUGUUAGCAGCCUUGGCUGAUGAAGAUGAACACCUUUCAGAAAAAAGCCUCAAGUUUCAUGCCCGGUUGUUUCUGUCUUCAACCUCUCAUGCAACAAGAGAAAUCUAUACCUGUCUAGCUGAACAUCUUUGGCUGCACUUCAGUAGUAAGACAGACAGUAUGGGUAGACUAGAAGAUGGACUUGAUGUACUGACCAAGAGCAAUGCUAGACUUAUUAGAAGAUUUCGCUUGUUGAAUGAAUUCCAACAUGAAGUUCCCUCUUACUGGAUAAGAUACUCAGAAAGGUUUCUUGAAGAGAUUCUUGAGAGUACCUUUACCCUGAUAGAUGCAAGUAGUAUUGUCCAUGUGUCUGACUCACCAGAUGUCCAGUAUAUAACACCCUUGUACUACAUAGCACUUAUGGAUCCUAUGGCCAACUGGUUUAAAAAAUGGAUGCAUGGUAACUACAGCAGGACUGAGGUUGUGAAACAGCUUAAAGAACACACAAACCUGGUGAGAAGGACAGAUUUUAUAGUUCCAUUUUCUUAUUCAGUGAUUUACUCCCUUAUCCAUCCAUCCAUCCACCUGACUGUGUGUCUACCUAUACAUCCAUCCAUACAUCCACCUGACUAUGCCAAGUCUGGUUUGUAUUAUAGUGCAAGAGACCUAGAGUUCCUGUACUUCGUUCAUUCUUUGAGUGUCUUGGGACGUCUUCUCUUGUAUAAUGAUGGCAGGGCUUUAUUCCCUAUUGAUCUCCCCAAACGACAAGAGACAGUCACAGUCACGGAUCUUUUGGUUGUAUUCAUCAAGAUCAUGUGUAUUCCAAUGCCUCGUUCUAUAACCAAAGCUGUUAUGGGCGGAACCAUUGUUCCUGGAGAGUUAGUUGCUGAGGUGUUGCAGGAAAUAGCUUCCAACAGCGAAGCAAGCAGGAAAUGUUUGUGCAAGGAUGCCAUCACAUCGAAUCUUCUUGCUCCAGUUCAAAACAUUUUGGAUGGUUUUAUGGACCUUGAUGGUAUUGAAGACGCUGACUCUGAGAAUGUCCUUCUUUUGAUAUCCGAAGUCUUGGCUACAAUAGCUGCUACUGAUAGUGGAAGAUUACAACUGUUGUAUGGGGAAUCACAGGAAAGAUGGCAGAGAAGCAGAUUUUCUCCUGCUCAUACCAUCGCUGGGUUCGCCAAAAAGGCCUUGUCUAACAGGCUCUGUUGUUCUUUGUCCAAUGAUGUGAUUGGUGGAUUCAUAUUCGUGUGUCGUGUGUUGUGGACCACAUGUGAAGGGCUGAUUGUAUUGAACCAGUACGCACUACAUGAUAAGGUGGCAGAAGCAUGGAACAAGGCAAUUGAAAUGUCCCCAUCAACACCCACCAAUAGCGAUGAUAUACCUGAACCCUUGGAAACACAACCAGAAGAUAUCCAAAAGACAGAAAGUUUGGCAUGGGAGAGUUCUCUUCUAGAUAAUCUUCUUAACUUUGCGGGUACUCCUAAAGGGGUACUGCUGCUGCAACAGACUGGAAUGAUGGAUCAGUGUGUUGGUUAUAUGUAUGAAAGAUACACCAAGAAAUUGCAGGUGAGCAAAUGCGAGAAGUUUGGUUAUGGGGUGAUGGUUUCUCAGUUUGCUGCUACAGCUCCUGGCAUAGUGGCAUUGGAAAAGAAAGGUUAUCUCAAACAUUUGGUUCAAGAUGUUUGGACUGUGUUUGAAGGAUUCCAUGACAGACGCAUGCAGCCAAUGAUCAAACACAUCGAUACGAUAGACAGCAAGUCUUAUAACAAGUCUCUCAAUAACAUUCUCAGCGUUCUGUCUGCCUUCUGUGCUGUGUAUGAAGUCCUGUCUGACGUGAACCGACCAUCGACAUCCACCUCAGAAGUAGAGGAAAUAACAGCAGUAGCAACUGGUAAUCCUACUACUCUCGCUGAACUUAUUGAUAGGCUGAUCAUGAUCGAUUCUGACCUCAAAAUAAGCGCACUAUUCAAUUAUGAGCAGUCACAUCACUUUGGGCUAAGGAUAUUAAGUGUGCUGUGUUCGUGUCUGGAUACAUUUCUAUUCCUGGAAUCAACCUAUCACUUUACAGACUUAUUACUACAGGCCCAGUUAGACAAAAGACUGGAGAAUGGGAAGGACUACAUUAUUGACAUGUGUUCUGUAGAGAUCAACCAUAUCCUGGUCAAGUCCUAUUGGGUCGGAGGACCGUCUGAGAGAAUACUGCCUGAAAACACCCUUACUGAGGAACAAAAUAAUCCGUACCCCUGGCCAUUGUUUUCUUCUUUUCCUCCUCCUAAAGACUACGUAGUACAGGAUCAUGUGGUUAUGACUAAUGCUUUUCAAGAAGAUGACAAGCUUCUCGAGUUUCUGGAGAAGGACAAGCCAUCCCCAACAGAAAGCAUCGAAUGGCUAGAGAAAUUCAGAGAGCUUUUCUGUUCGACUAUCAAGAAAGGACACUUCAAGUGCAAAGUCAAAGUGAUAAAAUUAUUGCUGGAAUCUGUUUGUCACGCACUGACUAACGUACCCGAGGAGUCGAUUUUCCCACUGAUCGAAUUUUCAGUGGGGGAGAUGAGUCUUAAGAACACUGAGUUAUCAUCAAUAGAAUCGCUUGGUGCCAAGCUGGUGGUUCGCUAUGGCUUGAACCUAAAGAUCCUUCAGUCCAGUAUGGAUGGUACAGAAGAUCUGUGCCAUCUUCUGAAGUACGCGAAGUUCUUUAUGCGAAGCCAACAAAAAAUACCAGACUCUACUUUACGCACCCUAAGUGUCGAAUACCCUGGCCAUGAUUGGUUCGUAUCGACAAUAUUCCUGAUGUUUGGAGGAAACCCAGACGAAAGCCGCGAGUUUUUGUUCAAAUUUUCAAGUUUGGUGUGUUCGGGAUACCUGUGGAUUCGAAGACUUCAUGCAUCGGUGCACCUUCCAACAUCCCUGACGGUCAGCGGUAUUCCCCCUCUCUACUCAUCAACAUGUCAUAAUGUAGAACUAAUUCUACAGGCUGAAGUACCCCUUGUUUACUCUGCCUUUAGAAUGUCAGGCUACACGCCUUCACAGAUUUGUCAGCACUGGUUACGUCAGUGUUUCUGGAACUACUUACCGUGGGACCACAUUUGUUUGUAUGUCUGCGUAUGUCUCAUUCUCGGCAUUGACUAUCAGGUUUAUUUUUGUAUUGCUAUCUUGAAGCAUCUUCAACAAGAGAUCUUAGAAUACACUCAACAGCAAAAGUUACUCGUGAUGCUUAAGGAGGAACCAAUUAGAAACUUCCGUCUUCAGGASCACUUGGAUUUCAUGCAGGACCUCGAGAAACGUUAUCGUUUGACUAUCUUAUCUGAUUUACAAAACAUCACUCGACCAUAGUAUAAACGACAACACAAUAAGGCUGUUAUGGCUUAAAGAAAGUCUUGACGAGGAUAGGAUAUCUUGUAAAUACUGAGUACUGCAUUGUGCAUUGACCUAAUCUAUCCUGGGGUAAUCUUUAUCUGUUUCAGACCAUGUAUCAUAGUAAAAACUCAUCACACCUAGGCUGCUAUGGUUUGAAAAAAAGAAAUGAAGAUGUAAAUAAUAAUUCAA